ACAGUAUUCACGACAUCGAGGAAAAGUACGCAAUAAUGCACUUCCUGGCAAUGUGGAUUGAGAAAUAUCCAGAGGAUUUUUUAAAGAAUCUGGACCUGGACAGACUGAAAAAGUUCAUGGACUAUGUGAAUCUCAACAUGCCUUUUUCAUACCUGGUCAUUCGUGUAGAGGACCUCUUGUCAAAAAAGGAGGAGCAGGAGUCCAAGAAGGCAACACCCAAAGAUGAGGAGGCCUGUGAUCCGGAGCCCUCCUCUGGGGCAGUACUCUCGGGGAUGCCAGAGACUCUGGGCCCUAGACCAACAUCUUCAUUGAACCCUCAGGGGGAGCUGGAGCCCCUAGAGGGUGCUGUGGUACCUGAGAUCAUGGCACACAGUGUGUCUGCAGCCGAGCCUACACAUCUCCUGACUGCUGCAUUAGAGGAGGAUCUGCCCACACCAGCCCAUACAGAGCCACCUCCAGAUGUGGCUGUAGAUGCACCAGCUCCUGGACAGGGAUUUCUACCUGCUACUGGCAACUUAGAAAGAGCAGACCACACUUCAUCUCUACCUGAGUUUAACUUGUUAAAAUUGAGAAUGACCUACUAUGUUCCAGCCAGCACCACCUGUAGAGCAGAGGUGGAUCACCCACCUGACAGAGCCAGGGUUCAGUAUCAGAACUGGAUCAUUUCAGGCCUCAUCCUGUGCAAGAAAGAUGCUGUCUGCUACAUAGAGAAGAGUGAAUGA